UCGCUCUCGCUCUUGCCAAUUGUUCUCGCUGUUUGAGUGUUCGAAAGUGUCGCUCGUCGUCAAACGAACGUUUGAUCAUUGUGUGAAUGGUGAACUCGUCAGUACACGUCACAAGGCCGCUGAGCGAGCAAAGGAAAGGUCCCGUCGACCGCAGCAAGUGAUUUUGGUGAAAAAAAUAUCCUGAAUUAUAAGCGUUUAUAUUCGUGUGCGAGAGUGUAUAACGAUGGCUGAUAACGACCAGGAGUGGUUGAGACGAGUACAAACUCUGCGCCAAAAUCUCAUGAACCGGAUUGUCGGUUCGAACAUCUACCAAUCUCAACGAAAUUUACUCUAUCGAUUUUACCUACUGACCAACUUCCAAAGGGUGGACCAACUUCCAAAUCUGCGAGAAUUUUUUCGAGGAGAAGAAAUUGACUGGAUUCUCGCGGAGUUUGUGAAGUCUGCGACAUAUGACUACAGUGACAAUCGAGAGACACUAAUCAAUUUUGUGAUCAGGACUGGCUACAAGGACGAGCCCGAAGUUGAUAAAGACGGCAGACCAUUGCUACAUCGAACCACAGCACUACACCACGCGGACAAAAGCUGUGAAUAUUACAGAUUUGCCAUGGUCAGUGAUCUUUUCAAAAUAUACGACAGAUUCGACGCCAAUUACACUGAUGAGUACGGUUAUACACAUUUCCACGUGGCAUGCGAGUUUGAAUGUUAUGAAGCAAUACAGCAAUUCCUCGAUCUCGGCCAAGAUCCAAAUUGCCCCGUGCCGAAGACAGGUAAUUCACCGCUACACUUGGCUCUGAUUCGCAGACACACGGAGGUAGCCGAAUUGCUGUUGAUCUAUGGCGCUGAUCCAAAUUUGGCCAACAAGUCCGGAUCGACUCCUCUGCAUCUUAUUUGCGAGAUAUCUGACCUAGAAUUCAAACGGCUACGUACUAUUCCUAAAUUUGUUGAUACAUUCUUCAAGAUCUGCGAUGAAAAGCGCCAAACGGUGCAGGUCGACGUUCGAGACAAGUCAGGCCAGACGCCGUUGCACUUGGCUCUUGAACGCAUCAAAGAGAAGGAGGCCGAACUGCUGCUGAGGCGAGGUGCCAAUCCGAAUCUAGCCAACGAGGACGGAUCGACACCUUUGCAUCUCAUUUGCACGAGAUACGACGAGAAUGACUUCGUGGAGACUUUCUUCAAGAUCAUCGACGAUAAACAUCAGCCGUUGGAAGUCAACGCCCGGGACAAGUGGGGCCGUACGCCGCUGGAAUACGCCGUGGAGCGUCUCUUGCCGAUUACGGUCGAUUUUCUCUUGGAUCACGGUGCCGAUGUUUCCAACUUCGUUUUUCCCAAUGUGAGUCAAUCAGACGACCCGCCAUUCCACGGCGGCAAUCGGUUGAUGCUGGCUUGUCGCGUUCUGCUCUGCGCCCAGCAUCUGGAAGAGAGAGGAUACGAACUGGACCGCGACGACGUCCUGACGAUGAUGAAAUGGUACACAAUGUGCGAUUCAAUGCGCGUUGUUGGACUGUCGCGUUUAUGCGAAGAAGACAAAAACUUAUUAAGGGAAGAGAAAAUAAUGAAAAUGAAUACAGGUAGGGGUCUGACAGUCUACGACCUGCUUUAUUUAGAACCCGAAGAGGCGGCGAAACGAGUCGUUUAUAAGGACUGCUACGACUUGACGCGCUCGCAAAAGUAUAAUCGGUGGUUCUCCAGCGAAUUCAGAGAAGCUUGCGCCAAUAAUUUGUGCGAUGUGCUGCCGAGGAGACAUUUUCUACGUUGGACACUGGAUCCUUUUAUGGAGCUGAUAAACUACAGGCUGCCACAUCUCCCUUGUGAAAUGAUCUUGGAUAACUUAAAUAUUGUGGAUUUAUAUAGUAUUUGUCUGGCGGUUUCAGGCAAAAAUUCAUGACUUUGAUAAGCAUAUUUGUAGGUUUUUUUGAAAGUCUGGUGUUUUUUGCAAGUUUCUGCAAAUUUUUCACAUCAUUCAAGUAAAUAAAUGUAAGAUAAUUUGAUUUUUUUGUUUCUUUUAAUGAUCACAGGCGAAGAAAGCGACUUUGUGUGUUUAGGAAUUACGAGCUCAAUUUAACCAUCUAAAAAUGGUAAAAUUAAUGAAUGUAUCUGCAUAGUUUUAAGAAAUGACAUACAAACUAUACAAAAAAUAAUUAUUUUUCUAAUGAUCUUAAUAAUCAUUAUUAUACCCAAAAGCAGGAAAGAACUUUUUAACGAAAUUAUUUAUUAAUUCAAUUGAAACCAUAUUUAUCGUUAUAAAAUAUCUCAAUUCAAA